AUGUUGAGAGUCAACACCGGCGUCGCCAAAAACGUAGCAAGAAACUUCGCUGCCACUGCUCUGAAAAUGACUGGCUCCAUGAGAACCGAAACCGACGCCUUUGGUGCGAUCGAGGUCGACUCCACGAAAUACUACGGUGCCCAGACCGCUAGAUCGAAAAUGAACUUCGACAUCGGCGGCCCUGCCGCCAGAAUGCCAAUCCCAGUCGUGAGAGCCUUUGGUGUUUUGAAGAAAUCCGCUGCUAUCGUCAACGAGUCUUACGGCGCUUUGGACAGCACCGUCGCUGGCGCCAUCAAGCAGGCCGCUACGGAAGUUGCCGAGGGCAAGUUGGACGCCCACUUCCCCUUGGUUGUGUUCCAGACCGGCUCUGGUACGCAAUCCAACAUGAACGCCAACGAGGUCAUCUCCAACCGUGCGAUUGAGAUCUUGGGCGGCGAGUUGGGCUCCAAGAAGCCAGUGCACCCAAACGACCACUGCAACAUGUCCCAGUCGUCCAACGACACCUUCCCCACGGUCAUGCACAUUGCUGCCGUGACCGAGAUCUCCAAGUCUUUGGUCCCUGAGUUGACCGCCUUGCGCGACUCCUUGCAGAAGAAGGCCGAUGAGUUCGCUGACAUCAUCAAGAUCGGAAGAACGCACUUGCAGGACGCCACUCCAUUGACCUUGGGCCAGGAGUUCUCCGGCUACGUGCAACAACUCACAAACGGCAUUGCCAGAGUUGAGGCCGUGAUUCCAAACUUGUCCUACUUGGCUCAAGGUGGAACCGCCGUUGGCACUGGGUUGAACACCAAGAAGGGUUGGGACUCCAGAAUCGCCGAGGAGGUUUCCAAGUUGACCGGCUUGCCUUUCAAGACCGCUCCAAACAAGUUUGAAGCGUUGGCUUCGCACGAUGCCAUUGUCGAGGCCUCCGGUGCCUUGAACACCGUGGCUGUCUCCUUGUACAAGAUUGCCAACGACAUCAGAUACUUGGGCUCUGGUCCAAGAUGUGGUUACGGCGAGUUGUCCUUGCCCGAGAAUGAGCCAGGCUCGUCCAUCAUGCCAGGUAAGGUCAACCCUACCCAGAACGAGGCUUUGACCAUGGUUGCCUGCCAAGUCAUGGGUAACAACACCGCCAUCACAUUUGCUGGUGCCUCUGGCCAAUUCGAGUUGAACGUGUUCAAGCCAGUCAUGAUCUCCAACUUGUUGAGCUCGAUCAGAUUGAUUGCCGACGGCGCCAGAUCCUUCAGACUCAACUGUGUUGAUGGCAUCAAGGCCAACACCGACAAGAUCGAGAAGGUUUUGCACGAGUCGUUGAUGUUGGUGACUGCUUUGAACCCAAAGAUCGGCUACGAUGCUGCCUCCAAGGUCGCCAAGAACGCGCACAAGAAGGGGUUGACCUUGAAGGAGUCCACCUUGGAGUUGGGCGUCUUGUCCUCUGAGGAGUUCGACGAGUGGGUCAGACCUGAGAAGAUGAUUGGCCCAAAGGACUAA